GGAGUAUCCUAUUAAUGUGUUUGAUAAUGAAGAUGAAGUGUGUGUGUUGGGUUGGGUUAGGUUAGGUUAGGUUAGGUUAUUGUAUGCCAUGAGCAUGGAAGCCUCCGAACUGAGCAGCAGUAGUGAAGACAUUCGAUGCCAUCACUGCGCAGGACCUCUCUCCAACCAGAUGGAAACCACUCACUGGACCGUAUCGCCUCUUAUCAGGGAUAGCUUUUCUAUGAUUGGUUCUGCGGUUGGCGGCACUGCAAGUGCAUUUUAUGGAUUCAAUCUCGUUAUGCCGGUUGUCCAGAGAAGGAUAAAGGGACCCAUGUGGUUGCAUUUUCUCAUUGGUGCACCACCAGUGAUAGUAUUCUCUUCAGCUUGUGCAGGACUGGCAGGUGGGGCUGUUCCUGCUGCAGCACAACUUGUUUCCUCGUCUUAUAAUGCAGCAUACUCAACUUCUACCUUACCUCCGCCAUCAAAGGAUGGAAAUAUUCAAAAGUCAAGAAAAUGAUAUAAUAUGCUUUCAUUCUCUGAUCACGCAUUCAUGAUGAGUGUGCUGAGAGUUUUGUUUUUCAUGUGUAAAUACUGCUCUUGAACUCAGUAUGUUUGGAUGAGAGGAAAGAUAAUAGAAAGGGAAAAAAAUACAUAGAUAACAAUGUUUUUUAUUUUGUUUGACUGAAGAGGAUGUAAAAGAAAAAUAAAGAAAAAAAGUUG